AUGCGCCAGAACCCCCGCAGAUGCCCCACUGCUGCCAACUGCCGUGUGCCCCCGGCCCUUGUUCGCCAAAGCGAGCGCACUGUCAAGUUUGUUGACAGCCUUGUCGAUUCUGCUACCCAAAUGGUGGAGGUGAUCUGGCCGCUCUCCGUGCCGACCUGUGCCAAUGAGCGCGUGUCUGGCCGUGGUGUCCUUCCUCUCCGGACCUUCAUCCAGGAGACCCUCCGCCGCUCGCGGACUAGCUACUCGACUCUCCAGGUUGCUCUGUACUACUUGAUCCUCAUCAAGGCCCAUGUGCCCAGGAUUGACUUCACCAUGGAGCAGCCCGAAGAUCAGUCUGUCCGCGCCCUGCAGUGCGGCAGACGUAUGUUUCUUGCCGCGUUGAUUUUGGCCUCCAAAUAUCUGCAAGACAGGAACUACUCGGCUCGCGCAUGGAGCAAGAUCUCUGGCCUCAAGGUCAGCGAAAUCAACACGAAUGAAAUGGCUUUCCUCAAGGCCGUGAACUGGAAGCUUCACAUCACCGACCCGAUUUUCGAACGGUGGCAGGCGAUCGUCCUUCGGGCGGCGCCUUCAUCUCACCCCCCACCUUCGCCCGGUGCCCCUCAGAUGCACCUCGGAAUGCACGAUUGGAAGACCCUCAUUCCAAUGCUCACUCCUGAGCUUGAUACGUUUGAUGUUGUUCGCAGGAACUCUGUUCAGAUCUGCAUUCCGAAGCGUCUGACCCCACCCCCGCCUCCGGCUGCUACUUCUCCGGUGCGCGAGUCGUGGCUUCAAGAAAGCAUGCAAGCUUCCCGCGCGAAGGCCACUGCCUUCUGCCUUGAGCCCACGGUGGACAUGACUCCGCCUGCGCCAAUGCUGUCCCGCCUGGGACCGCUCCCCACGCCGCAAAUGACUCCUCAGUCUACCGUGAGCAACACUCCUGCAGUGAGUGUGGCCUCUAUGGGAUCGAGGCGCCCAUCCAUGUGCGCUGCCAUGGCCCAUCAUCAGAACAUGAUGUCUGCUCGUUGCACCCUUGACCAGUGGACACCUACUCCUCGCUUCAACGGCUUGGAGGCCUACCAAUUCUCUGGACGACGACCUUCGCUCGCGGCGUCGACGACCUCUUCGUCGUCUUCGCCCGAUUCAAUGGUUUCGGACAACUCGUCCCGCUCGUCUCGUGCCUCUUCGAUUUCUUCGGUCUCGUCUGCCGCUUGGGCGCCGAACGCCAAACUGGCGAAAUUGGCGACUUGCCGCAAUGCGGGCCUGCCCUACCCGGUGCAGCAGAAGGAAAAGGAGAGCGCCGAGGCUGUUCCGACCAUUGUUCCCAGCGAAUCUCUCUCGUCGCCCGAUUUGGAGGGCUUUCACAUCAACGACGCGUCGGAGCCCACUCCGGUUCCCUUCCAACAGACCGAGAAUGUCUCGCCUAACACUCGUUCUGAGGAGGUGGCCAAGGGUCGCAAGCGAUGCAGAUCAUCCGCGGAUAUGACGCUGCAGCAGAACGUGCGCGAUCUCGUCAACCCCGAGAAGCUCGCAGCAGAAACUCUUCUUACUCUUGACCCUUCUGUACUUCAUCAACGCACUCCGGGCAUUGUCCCCGACCGCAGCCUUGCUUCUUCAUUCCUGCUUCAUACCCCUGGCGGGAGAACGCCUUCGUCGACCUUUGACAUGAAGGCGCUGCAGUCGCCGUUCACUGUCGUUCCGGAAGUCCGCCGCCCGGUGCAGAAGGAUCUCGGCAGGAAGAGGGCCUGCUGUGCCAGCGAAGUUGCUCAGGUCCUCCAAGCGAGGGCUGGUCCCGGCAUGUGGGAGGGCAUCAUCUAG